AUACUUGGCAUUGCAUGCACUGCUAUACCAUUUUUACGUAGAAAUCAAAAACCAACAGACUUUUACGUAUGUAAUACUGUGUGUUGGCUAACCGCUUACGCGCGAAGUUCAUUUAACAGAUUCCUGAUGUGACAACUUUUAAGCAAUGCCAAGUGUGCAUAACGGAGCCUUAAGACAUGGAUUAGAGACAUGAGAGAGUUUUUAUUUUUUGAAUUCUAGGUUUAUAUAUAAUGAUUUUACAGUACCAUAACAUUGAACAAUAAGUCGUAAAUUUGCCUAAGUUUAUUGAAGAGUUUUUGUGUGAAAGACAAAUAAUUCAUUUGUGUUUUAUUUUGUGAAUGGAACAUACAUUUUUUAUAUUAUUUUUUCUUUUGGCUAGUGAUGGUUAUUUCGAAAAAAAAACACACUCAUAUGUAUGUAUGUAGAUGUGUACUUUGUUUUGAGUGUGCGAAUUGCCAUGCUGAGAAGAGAUCUAUUCUUUAACUUGAUUUUGCUCAAUGAUUUGUUUAGUAAUAUGUAUUUUUCGAUUAACAUAUGUAUGUAUCUACGUAUUAGUACAUGGUGAUUUCACCAUGGUAUUAGUAAACGUUUUAUUACAUAAUGGCUUCGGUAUACGAAGUUUAAAACUUAAAAUUUUUUAAUUUUAAUUUUACUUUUGUGCGUAGGUAUGUAUCGGAGCUUAUUUUAUGGAAUAUUAAGUAUUAAUUAAUACCCUAAAUUUCCCAAGCAAGAGCAAACUGCACCAAUCGUUAAUAUUUUUCGACUGCAACCUAAAAUAUUUAGCAUUUAUUUUUUAUAGUGUAUUUUCUCCCUUUGACGUUAUGUUUACAUUUAUUUGCUUUUCAACAGUUGGUAGCGCUGCAGUUGGUCUCCUCUCUCUUUUUAUAAACCGCUCUUCUUAUUUUGUUUUGAACUUGUUUCAACACUUUGACAGUUCUGAUUGGAAUGAAGCUUUACAAUGUUACUAUUUUUCUUCUGAAUAAAUAAAAAUAAACAAAUUGUUACCAAUUAAAAGUUGGUUUCCAAUUAUCACUGCAAUGGCUCAGCACAAAUGUACGCGCUGGGCCGUCGAUUUGGCUAGCUGGUCACCAACACUACCGCAGUUAGCGCAGGCGGUCGCUGUCAUCCAAGCUGAGGAACGUGACCGGCUGCAGAAGUUCUUUUACAUUGAUGAUUUUCUUUCAUCACUGGUGGGGCGUUUGUUGAUGCGAAAAUACGUCAGUGUCCAAAGUGGCAUGGAUUAUAAAGAAGUGCAAUUUGCACGCGAUGUGCGUGGAAAACCUUAUUGGACACAAGCCGCAAACGAAUGCCCCAAUCAAAUGAGCUUCAAUGUAUCGCAUCAGGGAAAUUUUGUGUUGUUUGCGGGCGUUUCGAUGGACACCAAACUGAAAGUAGCUGAACCUACAUUUGGCGUUGGUGUUGAUGUGAUGAAAAUUGAAUAUAGCGGAGGGAAGUCUCUUUCGGAAUUCUUUCGUAUAAUGCAGCGCAAAUUCUCGGACAGCGAAUGGCGUUACAUACGACGCCCACACCACAAUGAGUUCGAUCAAGUGCAAGCAUUUAUGCGUCAUUGGUGUUUAAAGGAGGCUUAUGUCAAAGAACUUGGCGUUGGCAUAACAAUUGAUUUACAAAAAAUUAGCUUCAAAGUGGAUACUUCGCGAGAACUCCGUGUUGCGGAAUCGCCGUUGACAGGCACAACUUUGCGUUGUAAUGACAUGCUUAUGCAUGACUGGCACUUUGAGGAACACUUGCUGCAUCCAAAGUAUUGUGCGGCUAUCGCAUUUAGAAAUUGCAAGCCAGAGGAGGGGAAAUUCGAGCUACUGAAAAUGGAUGAACUCUUGGUUGAGACGGAAAGCGCAACAAGCAUCGAGGUAGUGCAGUACUGUAGGGAGGCAUUAAGAAAAGAACGAAGAAAAAGCUGAGGAGUUACAUACGAUUUGAGGCGAAUUAAUUUUAAGCCGAUUUGGGAGGACAAAUUUAAAAAUAUGUAUAAUUUUAGUAUAAAAUGUAUGUAUAUUUAAUGUUUUUAUACUGCUAUUGCAUCUUAUGUUGAUAAUAUUCAAGCAAAAUAAUUUAUUGCUUAACCUGGAGAAACCCCCUUUAACA